UGUUGUUGCUAUGGCCGUUGCUGUCCCAGAUCAUUCUGCUCAGGAAGCAAUCGACACGGCGCCCGAGUGUGAACCUUCGGGUGGAAUUGGGCCAGCAUUGGUAGCUUCUUCGAACUUGGCCGUUGUUAUCGCAGCUCUCACAUCACCUUCCACUGAAGCAAAUUCCUGCGAACCGAUAGUGCCGACACAACCUGAGCUUCUACCUGAGGGUCAUGCCUCAGAAUCUGUAAUUACAUCGAACAGUAGUGAUUUUUUGACUACAUCGAGCCAAACAUCUAAGUUUCAUGCUAUUGGAGUCAAUUCUCAAAAAUCGGUUCAUAUUUUUCAUCCAGCCGCUUGCCGUGCAGAUAGUCAAAUGGUAGAAACAUCAAAAACGGCUACGGUGGUUACUUCUUCUACGUCAACAACAUGCGAAAAAAGCUACUCAGAGUCAGCAGAAGCAACGCGGCUCGAACUUGGAUCUGAAAGUAAGCAUUCUGAACGUCUCGUUUCUGCGAGUUGUGAUGAAGUGAUGAGCACAUUGGACGAUGCUCAUGCGGUUGCUGAGGUUCCUUCAACUUAUAUGCUGACAUCAGUCGUUGAGUCUCAAUCUCGUGCCAUGACUGAUGAAAAGUCUAGAAUGGCUGAUAUGGCUAAACUUCAACAUUGCAAUGUCGAUGAAGGCUCUACGGAAAACCAGUGGAAAAUGAAUAAAAUUGGGGAAACAACACUUCAAUCGGGUGUCAGGCCGCCAAGCCAUUCAAUCCUAACUUCUUCUGUCGUUGCUAUGGCCGUUGCUGUGCCAGAUCAUUCUGCUCAGGAAGUUAUCGACACGGCGCCCGAGUGUGAACCUUCGGGUGGAAUUGGAACUGCUAUUGUAGCUUCUUCGAACUUGGCUGUGGUUGUUGCUGCUCUUCCGCCACCUUCCAAUGAAGGCAAUCCUCCCGACUCGGUGCCAGGAAAACCUGAUUUGCCACCUGAAAGUCAUUCCUCGGAGUUAAUUAGUUCUAACAGCCGUUGUGAUGUUUUAACGUCCGCAUCUGAUAUCGCAAAUGAUGAGUCAAUGAUUGCUUCUACUUCGACAUCUACUGCUUAUUUUGCUGUUAAAUCCCAUAGCAAUACUACUGGUGACGAACAAAGAAAAUUUGAAAUUUCUGGACUUGAAAUUUAUGAUAUCGAUCAGAACUCUACCAGCCACGAGAGCCAGAGAACGAAAUUUUUGACGAGUCCUGAAGAGGCGAGUGUCAAAACUCCCUCCCAUUCAAUCCUAACUUCUUCUGUUGUUGCUAUGGCCGUUGCUGUACCUGAUCAUUCUGCUCAGGAAGUUAUCGACACGGCUCCCGAGUGUGAACCCUCGGGUGGUAUAGGGCCAGCAUUGGUAUCUUCUUCGAAUUUGGCAGUAGUUGUCGCAUCUCUUGCGUCACCUUCUAAUGGGGCUAAUGCCACCGACGCAACAUUGCCGGAAGAACUUGAGCUCCCUACUGCGAGUCAUACAUCGGAGUCUGCUAUAAAUGAGAGUUGUAGUUGUGUUUUGACGACUACAUCGGACAAAGAAUCUAAUCAAGAAGUUACUGGGAGAUAUUUGAACAGUGAAUUUAAUUUCAAACAUUUACUGCCCUCUCAAACAUCGGUAUCGGCUUCUUCCUGUGUCACUCACAACGAUGCUAAACGUCAAAUGAUGGAAUCCUUGAAACCAGCAACGGCUGUCUCCUCUAUCACGUCACCGACCACUCAAACAGUGGUGAAACCUAUUAUUUCUGAAAGCUGUACUUCGAAGUCUGAUAUUUCUAAGAGCAUAACUGACGAUUUAAUGGCCAGGUCGAACAACGCACCUGAUGUCCUCCAUGUUACUGGAAUGUAUUCGAAUCCUACUGCGAAUUUCGGGACUUGGACACAUUCUCAGACUCCUUUAUUGGCUUCUCACAUGGAUAUAGACGCGGAAGCUAAACAAAUAGCCGAAUAUUCUGAUAAAUGGUCAAAUUCUCAGACUACAAGGAGGGUCGAAAAAUACAGUACAAAAACAAUUGUAAAUUCAUUGGACCUACAAUCUCGAAUGAAAUACAUUGAUAAGUUGCAGAGUCACUUAGUGGACAGUUCUAGUUCAUCUUCUCUAAGCAUAUUUACAUCCAAAGAUGUACCAUCUUUCACUCGAAGUCCUGAUUCAGAUUCCGAAAAUGCAACUGAAGAACGAAUUCAAAAUCUUGGGUUACAACCUCCUGCCAAGAUAUGCUCAGUAACUUCUUCUGAUUUUGGAAAAUAUCCGAUCACUGCAUCUUUGGUUGCUCCAGCAGCAACUAAUGAUGCAAGAAGACCUGAUGAUGACCCAACCAUAUCUUCAAAAUUUGAAAAUCAACGAUAUCAGUUUUUGUUUGCAACUCCCAAAGAACACAUUAUUUCACGGCCAACUGAUUCAAAGACGCUAACCACUGUGAUUGCGUCCACUGAAAAAAUGCUUGAGUUAAAGUCGAACGUGAGUGUUAGUGGCGCAGUUGAACAGCUGCCAACAACUGAAGUUGCUCGAGUGCCAUCGAGUUCUCUUGAAAAAAAAAUUGAUGCAGAUCAUUGUGAUGUUGAACAUGAAAUAAAGGUGUGCCAAAUCGAUGGUAAAAAGGCAACUGAAGACUUCCCGAAAGAUAUAAUUACGAAUUCUUUCACUGGAAAGAAAGUGCACUUUCCCGAAGACUCUAAUGAAACCCAAUUAUUGAAGUCGAACACGUUUUCUGAAAUAGAUGGUUCAACAGUGAAGACAUUUUCAAUCAAAACAAGCGAGAUAGUCAGAAACUUCCCCACAUUGACCAAGCUUCCCGAUGAUAAAUCACCCACUGGAGAUGCAGGUACUGUGGAAUCAUUUUCUUAUGAAUCUUCUGCUGCUGAUCGCCAAAGCGCUCAAUUUCAAUCCCUAAAAUUUAGGAAAAGUUUCGAGAGUAACACUGACUCCUCCGAAUCUCGCUCAAACUCCCGCACUUCUCGUGAAAUUUACGAAAGUAAUGUUAAGCAAUGGGAAGAAUACCUUGAAGCUGCAGCAACCGGUAAGCUUAGCAGUGAUGCUAUUGUACCGAAAAAGAACAGGGGAGUGCCUGUUUUGCCUCACCCUGAAGGUUCGUUUUUGACCCCUCUUGUUCUAGAGUCUGUAACGCUCAAGCCUACUGGAUUAAAUAGGAAUGAUUCCAUCGAACAGACUCAAAAUGAACGCUCAUAUUUGCAUCAUAUCUCGUCUUCGAAUGCAGCGACUUCCGAUGCAGAAUUGGAGUCCGGAAUUGAUGUGCCUGUAGAAAAGGUGUCUUGCGACGACAGUAUAAAAAAAAACUUCGACAUGACACAAAAUUUUAAAACUAACUCAAGUGAUGAGUUUUGUGGAAAAGGUUCUGUAGAUAGUUUAGUUUGGCCCGAUGAUUGCGUUGGUGGAUUUUGGGAUGGGAGGCGUGAGCAUAAAGAAUUUCUUCUUGGUUUACCGGAGUCGGAUUGGGAAGGGAGGAGAGGCGUAUGGGAAGGAAGAAGUCGUCAAGGAGGAAGUCUAGAUAGGAAGAGACUGAAGUGGAAAAGUACUAGAGAAAACCAGUUGCGGGCUGAAGAAUCACCGUCUGUUGGCCGGUCAUCUUUGUCUCCGCGGAGAUUGAUUGUUUCUCCUCCGUGUGCUCGUGUCGAAACCGCUUUACCUAACUCAACCAAUGAAACGUUGAACUCGUCAUUGGAGACUGAUGUUUGGAGGAUGGGGUUUGAACGAUCGAUACCGAACGAAACAAAAGGAUGGAAAUGGAAUCGUGUACAGAAACAGAACACAAACAUGGUGGGUGGUUGGCGUGGUCGUCGUGGGGAGUGGGAGGGUCGAUGGAAAGAAUCGACUGAAGUGCGUCAACCGUCACCAGCGAUGCGUCAACUGUCACCGGCUGUUACUCAACCUUCACCAGCAAUACUUCAAGCGUCACCAGCAAUACGUCAACCGUCACCAGCAAUACGUCAACCGUCACCAGCAAUACGUCAACCGUCACCAGCAAUACGUCAACCGUCACCAGCAAUAAGUCAACCGUCUCCAGCAGUUACUCAACAGUCACCAGCGAUGCGCCAACCGUCACCGGCUUUUCGUCAACCGUCACCGGAUGUACGUCAACCGUCACCGGCUGGUCAUCAGCCGUCACUAGCAAAACGUCAGCCGUCACCAACUGUUGGUGAAGCGUCACCAACCGAAGAGUUCCUAUUGCAGUAUCUGCAUGAGCUCCUAACAAAGUAUUCCGCAAGAUUUGCGGCAGGCGUGAUGAGUGUAGAGCGUCGUGGCACCAAGGCUCUGGAGGUGUGGGCGCGGCGGUCGACAUCAGGCUACCGCGGCGUGAGCGUCGACAACAUGACAACCGCGUGGCGGGACGGUCUUGCCUUCUGUGCGCUCAUACAUGCCCACCGCCCCGACCUCAUAGAUUUCGACUCGUUGGACGCUGCCAACGCGCUCGAGAACAACGAGCUUGCGUUCCGCGUGGCCGAAGAGGAGCUUGGCAUCCCCGCCCUCCUGGACCCGGAAGACAUGGUGGACUCUGCCGUGCCCGACCGACUGUCCGUCCUCACUUACGUGUCCCAGUACUACCAAGCCUUCGCGUCCAUGGGGCUAACCAUCGGCGGCUGCUCCCCGAAGAACUCCCCCAAGGCGGACUGUCGGAUGAAGCUACCUGAGGAUAUCGAUGACAGUGCGACAGGGCUUCCCCAGCCGGAGGUCAUCAAAGCCUCAGCGCCUCCCACCGCAGCUCAAACAGAUCGGCUUGCAUCUUCGGUGCUCAAAGAAAGAAAUUCGACCGCUUUUCCUGUCGGUAAAGGCAGAGACAUGCAAUCUUCAACGCCUGUGAAAAUGGUCGUUGCCGCGAACGGAAAAGAAAUUUCACAACCGACAUCCACGCCAUCAUCCAAAGACCCUACCACCGUUGCCACGGCCGUCACACCGACAAAUUCAAGCACCAGAACCUCAACUACAACCACGACGUCCUCUGCAAAGUACAACUCCGUGUACUCUCCGAGCUACACUUCGCCUUACUCUACCUCCUCCAAAUACCGGGGCUCUUCCACAUCGUCAUCUCCACCCGCGUCAUCACCCAUCAAUAGCAGUAAUAAUGACAGCAAUAAUAAAAGCUCUACACAAUCACUCAGAGAAACAAAUAACGAUAAAGUGUCGAACGCGACCAGCAACAUCAGAGUCGCCACCGUACAAGAGCGCAUCAGAAGUCUUGCUCUGGCCACGUCGCCUGUAAAUAAGUUGAGCAGCGACGAAAAGCGGAACCAAGACGACGAUUACGAGCCCGUGUUGUUCGAUGGCGACGUCUCGCCACCCUUACCUCCUCGGCAGAACUCAGCUACCACCCCUACCAGUAGUAGAGGUUCUACUAUGAAAAGAGAGUUCUGCGACGCAUGCGGUGAACAGGUGUUCUUAGCUCAACGCUUUACGGUGUUCGGUAAGCUUUUACAUCGCACCUGUUUCAGGUGUAACUCGUGCAACGUGUUGCUGACGGUUGCAGAUUGUUGUCUCACAGAGUCCAAGGAUUUCUGUUGUGAAGUCUGCGUGCAGAAAGAGCACGACCAGCGAGUGCGGGAUUUGGGUGGGGCUUCUUUAGAUUCAAGAGGUGCCCAUCGUGGAGGAGAGAAGUAUAAUUCAGAUGAUGAUGAUGUGUACGAGAGCAUAGAGUUCAGACACGACAGCAGUGAUACGCGGCAAGCCAACAUGGAGGAGGAUAGCGAGACUACUAGUAAUGGCCGAUCGUCCAGCGGCUCUAAUGCGAAUCUGGACACAACUGCAAUGUUAAAUGAUGACGUCACUUCUACGUCCACUCCUACAAAACCUAAACCACGGACGGUGUUUCUAUCGAGCACCCUGGCAUCGGACAAUAAAGAACCGCCAACUAUUCAUCCCAUUCCAUUGGCUCGGAAGAUAUCGACUGAAGAACCGAAUUUGCUGAAGUCGAUCGAGGCCGUUGAAGGCGAUUUAGUAGACGCUCCUCCUGUGCGAAGGACUUCUGAAGAAGCUUCGGCUGUCACGGAAGAAGCCUCUCGUGCUAAGGAUACCGCCAACGCCAAUAACGAUGUAGAAACUAAUGACGAUUUUAGAGUCGCAAAACAUGACGACGACAAAGAAAAAGAUAACGACAAAUUUGUCGUGCAACGAGCAGUGCGAGAAAUGAAGAAGACUUCGGAGGAAGAUCAAGAGGCAACAUUGGAAAGAGAUGAAGAAUCUGGUUCGAUUAUUAAAGAAGAACCUGGUUUGGUGGCUGAACAAAAAGUUGGAGUGGUCACAGAACCAGAACAUGGCUUAGGCAUCGAACAAGAACCUGAUGUCAUUAAACAAGUACCUGACGUAAUCCAAGAACAUGAAUCUGAAUCGGUCCAAGAAAAAGAAUCUGACUCAGUUUUAGAAAAAGAAUCUGAAUCGGUUCAAGAAAAUGAACCUGAAUCGGUUCAAGAAAAAGAAUCUGAAUCGGUUCAAGAAAAAGAAUCCGACUCCUUCAACGAACAAAAAGCUGAAGUGGUUCAAGAAUACGAAUCUGAAUUGAUCAAAAAAUCAGAACCUGAAUUGGUCAAAGAACAGGAAUCCGGCUUCGAGAAAUCUGAUAUCAUCGAGUAUCCUGAUGAACUAAACCCAUUUGAUGACGAUGUAGAAACUGACACAAAUGCAGUCCCCGAACACACCACUGAAACCAAACUUGAGAAAGACGCGAUUGUGGCAGUGGAGAAAAAUGUCGACACCAAACCCGACGUCAUACCGUCUAUUGAUAUGCGAGAGUGUCUUGCCGACCAAGAUAUCCGUAGCGACAGCGGUGGCAUGAUGAAACAAUCAACGUUGCCUUCCAAUUUUGCCAUGACAGGAAACAGAGACGAACUUAGCACUAAGAGUAAAACUCUGCACCAGAGAAUCGUAAAAGCGAAUUUAAAUCCCUUUGAAAGCGAAGACGAAGACACCAGCGACGACAACAACGAACAGACCCCCGUCACGACGAAGAAAGUGGUCCCUGCUCCCCAGUUCCCACCCGUGGCUACUCGUCUUGCAGGUCGUGGUCAUACCCCCGACCGACCUCCGUUACCCACGUCAGCAGCUCACAACCAAUCUGCUUCGUCACUAAAUCCGUUCUGGAGCGACAGUGACGAGCCUGACGAAGUUAAAGAAACGAAGCCGGCCAAAGUGAAACCUCCGCGCCCGCCUCCGCCUUCGCUUGCUUCCCGUGAAGGGACUCCAUCCCGGACCAGUGGUCCGCCGGUCACAAGAACCCCUCCUGAGAGUCAUCGCAAGAAGCCCGCUCCUGUACCCGACCCUGUGACGAACAAACCGGGGGGCAACAUCGCAGGUUCGCCGUCGGGGGUGAGCACCCCGUCACGGGGGACCACCCCACGCCCCGGUAGCCCCAGCCUCUCCAUCAGCAGUGAGGCCAGCGCUGGGGGCGGCGUGAGGCUCAAGAAGAAGAACAGACCUGCGCCUCCCCCGCCCGGGGGUCAGGCCACGCGCACUCCAGAGUCGCCAGUGCUGCUGACGAAGGAGCAGAAGGACCUGAGGAACUCUAGCAGCCAACAGCUGGCCAAGGACUGUCCGUCUGCAGUAGCGCGUCACGCCCCCGGAGCUGCAGAGUUGCGGCGUCGUAAAGGACCUGCGCCGCCUCGCCCGCUGCCCCAGAAGCGCGUCAUCAAGAAGCUGCCGCUGCUGCAGAUCCAGCAGCAGCUUCAGGACAUCGAAGUCCAGCAAAUGGAGCUGGAGCGACAAGGAGUUCUCUUGGAGAAGAGCAUCCGCGCCCGAACUGAAGACCUGGAGAACACGCCUCCACAACCAGCGGAGACCAGCAAACUUGCCGAAGACUCUGUGGACGGCAGCGCACCUGAGUCGCCUGAUAGCAACAUUGCAUGCAACGAUCAAGUCCCUGACAUCGUUAAAGAUACUCCAGCUCCUCCGCCUGUGAUACGCGUCACGACAGACGAUGGCUCGCCUGAAGACAAUAGCCAAGAAUAUUCGAAUGGACCAGGAAGCCUCGAGGUCGAAGAUAUGAUCAUGCAACUCUUCGAGCUCGUGAACCUCAAGAACGAACUCUUCCGGAGGCAGACUGAGCUCAUGUAUUUGAAGCGAGAGAAGCGACUCGAGGAGGAGCACGCCGACCUCGAGUAUCAGAUCAGGUGCCUUAUGAUGAAGCGCGCCGCCCGAACCCCCGACCAGCCGGCCGACGACGACGCCGCUCUCGAGGAGGUGCUGAUCGCUCGUCUCGUGUCUGUGGUCGAACAAAGGAACGAAAUCAUCACGUGUCUUGAGCUGGACCGCCAGAGGGAGAGACAAGAGGACCGCAGCAUCGCCCAUCACAUGACCAAGUAUCAUGAAAAACAACAAGGUUCUCCAGAAGACGCCACGGAGAAGGCUCAGAAGAAGAAGAAGAAAAAAAUACUCAAGUUUCCCAAGAAGAAGAAGAAAGACAAGGAGAAGAACACGAGCCAAGACGCUGACAAAGAUGUAGACGACACUGAACAAGACGGUUCAGAGUCCCCUAGCACUAAGAAAAAGAGAAGAAGCUGGUUUAAGUAGCCUGAAUUAAUACGUCCUUUUGUUAGUAAGAAACUAAAUUAUUGCUAUAAGGUCACGGCAGCCGAGGAUGCAAUAUUUAUAGUACCAGCCAUUGUGUUGUUGGCAGAUGAAUAGUCUAUUGAUGUGUUCUAAUUAUUGAUGUGUAUUGAUAAUUAGAUGUUUAUAUUCUUCUCCAUUAUUUAUGUGUUCUCGUCAUUCUUUCGACUUGAAUCUCGGUAAUCUAUGUGUUUUCCGUAGUAAUAAUUUUUGAGUACUUAUAAAUGGGCUUUGCUCGACUUAUUUCUGGAAAAUCUCUCGAGUUUCAAGCAAUGAACCUUGCUUUGAUAUUGCUUAGUUUAUUCUCCAUGCAAGUAUAACCGAGACACUACACCGUCCCAGGAACAUGGCCGAGUUCAGCCUUUAUAUCAGAGUGCCUUGGUUACACGUCACAUCUCCGUCGUGCUUCCCAUGUUACGGUCAUGUCGUUCGUAAUUUUAAGGAGCAUUUUUCAUGUUUUCAAACUCGCUUGGAUAGGCUCAAAUUAAUUAUUAUCUUCAUUGAUGUGCAAACAAUCAUUUUUCAGUUUUUUUCACCGACUGCUGUUCUUGGCCUCGAAUUUUGAUGUCUGAUGUAUAGUAUGCGAUCAAGUAGCUUUUCCGGUGAAAUCAAUCUGUGUCUUUCACUCCGAUACUUUAUGUUAAUAGAGCGCACAUUCUGUGCUUCCAGAUUUUAUUCAAUAUUGCCUGUCGAAUGCAGAAUUUCAUGAUCGUUGUUUUUGCCAGAUAACUUCCAGGUUUAUAAUACUGGCCGCAUUCAAGGUUUAAAGAUUCCUUUCUAGCUGCACCCAAAUAUGCCCUGAUAUUUCGAUGUAUUUUAAAAAAAUCGUGCGCCCUUAGCUAUUUCUUCGUGUUUUAGCUGCAGUUUUUAUUGCAAUUUCGCAACCUGUAGCACAUGCUAUCAAAAACCUUCCUACUUACCGCUGUGAAUUUCUUCCCCAAAAAUUUUUUACUACGCUCAUGGAGACUGUUUUGUUUGUGUAAAACUUUAGUUCUUUCCGCCAGUUUUAUCAUAUUCGUUUUUUU